CUUGGCCGAGAGGUCGCCUUUCAUCGCGUCUCUUUCCCAUUUCCCCGUCGGUGAUGACUGCGACCCUUAUUGGUUUGGUCGCAAGCUCAGGGUAGAUCCAGUCUACAUUCUGCACCCGACUCCUUCCAGGUCCCGGUCAUGUCUUCCUCCGAAUCUUCGCCCGUUGCCGGCCAAAAACGCAAAGUUGCCGACAUGAGCUCCGACGAAGAAGAGAACUACCGCCCUACCAUGGGCUUUCGCGGCUUUAACCGAGCAGCGUCUCGCUCCGAAUCACCUCCUGCACAUGGCGGGCUAGGUAGUGGGCGUCGCAACCCCUGGAACAACACGGCGCAGGCUGCGACGAAAGGUGGAAGCAACAAUGGAGGCAACGGCACGGCGGGUGGUAACUCCUUCGCCGCGCGCAUGAUGGCUAAGAUGGGCUACAAGGAGGGGCAAGGUCUAGGUUCCUCGGGACAGGGUAUCAUCAAUCCGAUCGAGGCGCAGGCUCGCCCCAUGGGCGCGGGUCUGGGUGCGGUCCGCGAGAAGACCAAACAAGCUCGAGAGGAGGAAAAACGGGCGGCAACACUGCGCGGUGAAACCGUUGAGGAGAGCUCAGAUGAAGAACGCAAGAGGAGGCAAAGGAAGAAGAAAGAGGAGCGGAAACGCGAUGGCCGCAGUGGAACGAGUACCCCAGUCCCUCGAGCAAAGCCCAAAUUCCGGACCGCACGCGAAAUCGAGCAGGAUAUGGAGGGGCUGGAGGUUCCUAGUGUGCUGAAGUCAUUGAUCGAUGCGACUGGGAAGGAGCAGCGAGUGAUCACCUCGACCGCGGGUCUGAUGACUCCGCAGGCGUUCGUCAAUCAAGGCGAGGGAGAGGCCUGGAAGAUUGCACAACGGGCACGCAACGACCUUGAGGCCUUCGCGGACGAGUGGAAAGGGCUGACGGAGAGGAAGAAAUACAUCGAAAUGGAGGAAACUCAGAUUGUGGAGCAGUUGGACACAAACCAGCUCAAGGCAGAUCAGCUCACCGAGUUGGUUGCGGCUAUCGGAGCACUGGAGGUCUCCGAGAAGGAGGAAACUCGAGCCAAGUUCGACGAAUUGACCGACAAACUCGAGUUGAUAGAGAUGAAAUUCCGCAACGAGAUCGACGAGUACCGAUUACCAGAGACUGCAGUGGCCGUGAUCCACCCUCUCUUCCGGCAAGCCAUGGAGGAAUGGGAACCUCUCAAGGAGCCCACGUUCCUUGUAGCCAACUUCCGCCGUCUCCAGCCUUUACUCCUUCGCGACAUCCGGGGCGAACACACCCAACGCUCAUCCACCUCCCCCUACGAAACCAUGAUCUACACCCUCUGGCUGCCGCGCGUGCGCUCCGCCCUCCUCAACGACUGGGACGUCUACGAACCCGCCCCCGCAACAUCCCUCAUCGUCGCCUGGAAAGAACUCCUCCCACCCUUCAUCUACUCCAACGUACUCGACCAACUCGUCGUGCCCAAGCUCACCAGCGGACUCAAGGAAUGGAAACCCCGAAGCAGCAGCAGCAGCAGCCGGCGACACCACCACGCAUCCUCAUCCUCCCGGUUCCCUUGGUGGCUCUUCACGUGGCUCCAAUACCUGGACGACCGGCACACUAACCCCCGUCAAGCGACGGGCCUGCUCUCCGACGCGAAGCGUAAAUUCCGGGUCGUGCUCGACACAUGGGACCUGGGCAAGGGCCUGAUCAGCGGGAUCGAGCUCUGGCGGGACGCCCUGGGUUCCGAGUUCGACUCGUGCCUCCGCAACCACCUCCUCCCGCGCCUGGGGCGCCACCUCCGCGAAGACUUCCAGGUCAACCCGCAGGAUCAGGACCUCACAGCUUUGGAGCAUGUCCUCCAGUGGCAACCCUUCUUCCCGCCCAACGUCAUGGCCCUCCUCCUCACGUCCGAGUUCUUCCCCAAAUUCCACCAGAUCCUCUACAUCUGGCUCACCAACGACCCCAACUACGAGGAGGUCGCCGAGUGGUUCACCUGGUGGCGCACGCAGAUCCCCGCGUCCCUCAACGAACUGACCAUCGUCGACGAGGAGUGGAACAAGGCCCUGCAGACCAUGGACCUCGCCUCGCAGCUGGGCGAUCGUGCCGCCGCCGAACUCCCGCCUCCAGCGACCACGGCCGAACCAAAGAAGACCACCCACGACCAACCCCCCACAACCACCACACAACCCACAAAACCCACAACCACCACCACCCCCGCGCCCCGACUCAAACCCAAGAUCAUCGAAGAGGUCGCCUUCAAGGAUAUCCUGGAAGGAUGGUGCAUGGAACAGGGGCUCAUCAUGCUCCCGCUCCGCGAGGCGCACCCGCAGAACGGCCAGCCGCUGUUCCGGAUCACGGCCAGCGCCACGGGCAAAGGCGGCGUGGUCGCGUUCGUGCAGGGCGAUGUGGUCUGGGUGCAGAACAAGAAGGCCAAGGAGGUGUGGGAGCCCAUGGGGCUGGAGGAUCGGUUGGUGGAGCGGGCGGAGGGGAAGUGAUUUCUCUCUCCGUCUGUAUCUUCCUCUUCCUUCCCUUACGCCUCGCAUUCAAAAU